ACAAACAUCAAUAGAAGUUGAUUACUGGUCUUUCUCUUUAAUAAUAAUAAUAUACCCUUUUGUACCUACCUAUCUGCUCAAAUGUCUCUCGUCAAAAUUCAAACCAACACUCAUUUGCCCAAACGCAUAAUCCUGGUCCGUCACGGCGAGUGUUCAGCAAACGCCGACAUCAAUGUGUACGGAACAACUCCAAAUCACAAAAUUGAACUGACGGAGAAAGGGAUUGAGCAGGCCAAGCAAACUGGAAUCCGAAUUAAGAAACUGAUUUCUGAAAAUGAUAACAAUUGGAAGGUUUUCUUCUAUGUUUCGCCUGCAGAGCGAACGAGAAAGACGUUGAGAGAGAUCGGCGGAUCGUUCCCAAAGAGGAGAGUGAUGGGUGUGAAGGAAGAGUAUAGGCUGAGAGAAUUGAAUUUUGGAAACUAUCAUGACCCUGCAAGUAUAGCAAAGAUUAAGAAGGAACGAGUAACGUAUGGGAGGUUUUAUUAUAGAGUACCUGGUGGUGAAACUGGAGCUGAAGUUUAUGAUCGUAUAUCAAGUUAUAUUGAAUGCUUGAGGAGGGACAUAGAAAUGAAGAAAUUCGUCUGUCAUGAUCCUUGUCAAGAAACCAACAUCAUCAUCGUUACCCAUGGACUAUCCAGUCGGAUCUUCCUCAUGAAAUGGUUCGACUGGACGAUUGAGCAAUUUGAGGAUCUCAACAGGAUGAAAACUAGUGAAUUUCAAGUGUUGCAAUUAGGGCAUGGCGGGGAAUACAGCCUAGCUUUUCAUCACGAUGACAAAAAACUUCACGAAUGGGGACUAUAUCCUGAUAUGAUAGAGGAUCAAAAAUGUAAAGCUUAUGGUCCUACAGGAGUUAAAUGGCAGGGAACUUGUGAUUCCUAUCCUUUCAUGGAUUGUUUUGCAGAAGAUUCUGAUGAUGAGAAUACUAUUAUCUAAAUUAUAAGUACUAGCUAGCUAGUAAUUAAGUAAAAUUAUGGUGUAAUUGGAUUGUUAUUAACUUUAACUCCCUCUCUGUUUUAGUCU